UGAUCUCCGAGAAAAGACUGCAAAGGGAAGAAUCAGAAGCACUGACUGCAGAGUCAUUACAUCAUGUCCCAGAAUCUUCAGAGAUGACACCAAGGCUAAGAUAUCCAGCUCCUGAAUCUGUGGGCUCAAACUCUAAGCAGUGCCUUCAUAGGGAGAAAUCUUUAGAUUUGUCCCCAAGGCAAACAGGUCAAGCUACAGGACAUGCAGAAUCUGUAGAGCUCACAUCUGGGACAUGGCAGCAAGGGGAUGGACCAAUGGGGCUGACACAGUCACAGAAUCAAAGUAUGAAAUAUUCAUAGAUAGUUCCAGGACUACAGGGUCAAAUUACAGAGCUUAUGAGGAUUAGUCCAAAGCCACUAGAUCAAGUCACAGGAUCUACAAAGACACAGCUUCAAGCUGCUCAACCAAUAGGAAUAACCUCAAUAGGCCCCCCAAAAGUUAUUGAAUAUGUGAAAAUGACACCUGGGCCACCACUUCAGGUUGUAAAGUCUGUAGCAUUAACACCAGGGGGUACCUCUCAAAUGGUAGACUAUGUUGAACUGACUCCAAAAUUACAAGAUGUGAGACCUUCUGAGUUUACCUCAGGGCUAUGGUUGCAAAGUGUAAAAUCAAAGGAAUUAACCACAGAGCCAACACACCAGAUUUUGGAUAGAAUGUAGUUGACAGGCUUUCAAAUUGUAAAGACUGUGUUAAUGCCAGGGCCACCACUUCAAAUUGUAAAAUCUGAGGAAUUAGCACCACUACCCAUUCCUCAGAUUGUAGAACCAAUAGGAGUCUCCUUAGGAUCAGCUACUGAAGUAAUGGAUUGUUUGGAUUUCUUCCCAAGGCCACAUCUUCAAGAAAUGGUAGAACCUGUAGAACUAACUAUGAGGCCAAAUACCGAAGAGAAAUCUUCAGAAUCACUCUCACAGCCAGCAUUUUCUUUGGAGGAAUCGACAGUGUUUACUCAUGAACAAGGGCUUCAGGCUGUGAAAGGAAUGGGGGUAAAAAUAGGGCCUCCUCAAAUCAUGGAAUGUGAGGAUUUGAAUCUAGUACAGGUAUAUCAGAAUAGGGAAUCUGAGGAUUUUAUGUCAAGAGAGGAGUUACAAAUAGGGAAUUCUUUCUCUAGACUUCUACAGAACUCUUCAAACUCACUCAUCUCAAGCUCUGUCGAAGCAUCUGAAUUAGGAAGCCUUUGUGAUCUGGAGAUGCCAGAAGUGUCAAGGGCCUUGGAUAUAAAAAACUUUGGGACAGAUAUUUUGCAGUCUGAAGAAUACUUUAUAGACCCUACUGUGAUACGAACGUCAACCCUUCCCUUGUCCCUUCACAAUCAACCCUCUGAUAAGAUAGCUAACAGUGUAGAAAUCCCACAUUUUGAGAUCCCAGGAGUGGGUGUCGUAUCUAAGAGGACUGUUAAGAAGCAGGUGGAGAAGCUAGAGAAUUCACUCCAGCGCCUAUCCCAACAUCCACUGCAAAGCUGGAGAUCACCAUCUAGGACCUUCCAGUCAGGAUCAGGAACUCAGAGGCCUUAACUGGUCUGUCCUGAGCAGACAACAGAAUGUCUGGGAGAAUCACUCCUGGAGACAGCAACUACCCAGAAAAUAUCUCUCCAAGAUGCUAGUGAUAGGGAAUGUCUUGGCUACCACUAUGGAAAGGAACCUUUGUUCUCAAACAUCUUUAAUGGAAAGAGCCACUGCAGAUAUCUAUCUAUUCAGAAUUUAUUUGGGGUUCCUGCGGAACUGAUGGAACUUUCCAAGAGUCUGCUAGAGAAGAGUCGAAGUAUUAUUUCUCAGACUUCAGUGUCCAAAAACUACAUUCAGAGAGACACUUCCUAUCAUGGUCAUGAACAAAGAAUAGCCUUAAGGAUGUGGACACGUAGCUCCAUGUCCUCCAUAAUACAGCAACACUCUGGGGCUAGUGUGAAAAUAAAGAAAAGUUCGAAGCUUAGUGAUAUAUCCCAGGAAGUCAUUCAGCACAUGCCUGUUUCAUGUACAGAGGGUCAGCCUCCUGUCCCAGUAAAUUUAGAGUCUUCCUUCAAUAUAGUUUUCACUAGGAAAGAUUCUGUUCCAAUGGAAGAGAGUGAGAACUCACAGAGUUCACAGACAAGGAUUUUUGAGUCCCAACACUGUCUCAAGCCAAGUUAUCUUCCCCAGGCCAAGACUGACUUGUCAGAACAGUUCCAGUUGCUACAAGAUCUGCAGCUAAAAAUGGCAGCAAAACUGUUAAGGAGUCAAAUACCCCCCAAUGUACUUCUACCUCUAACUUCAGGUCUGGUUUUAAAAUACACACUGCCUACAGUGUGGCCUAUGUGUAGAUUUUAAUUGCUGUCAUAAAUUACAGGGCACUUUGGAGCCUUACCUUCUUACAGCUCUACCUUGUAAGCACUCCCGAAAACCACGGAGAGAUUAAGGUGAGUUUUGGCUUUAGGUUGCAAACUAGGAAAAGAUCCCAAGUCCCAAAGUACCACAGAAGAGACAGAACCAUCACACUAAGGAGUUCUAUAUCACCAUCACCAAGAAAAGCUAAAGUCUAUACUCGAGCUUCCAAGAGUCCUACUUCUACAAUGCAUUUCCAGUCCGUAUCUUCCCAGUCUCCUGCUCCUGUACAAGUCCACAACAGGCAAAGACAGUAUAGGAGCCCUGCCCUAGCAGGAAAGAUGACAAUUGGAGGGCUAGGGCACUAUGAGUUUACUCAAGUUCACUCUCUACCAGAGAGUGACUCUGAAAGCAGUAAGGAUGAAAAAUGGGCUAAAAGGAGAAUCAAAAAGACCCGUAAUUCAAAAUACCCAAAGAAAAGAAUCACUACAGGAGGCAGAACACAAAACACAAA